GUGGGCGAGGUGCAGACAUCAGCAGACCUCUUGGAGAGAGCGCUUUUUCUGCUGGAGGCAGCGUGGCAUCCCUGGUUCAACCCCUCACUGGGCACAUGCCGCCUGGAGUUCUCCCACGAGCCCAACCGAGCUCUCUUCGAUGCUCUCUUUCGUCACAUGCACCACGUGGGUCGCAGGGGAUGCCACCGCGCUGCCUUUGAGCUCUGCCGUCUGCUGCUCUCCCUCGACCCGGACUCCGACCCUCUUGGCGCCCUACAGUGCAUUGACUUCUACGCCCUCAGAGCGCGCCAGUUCACCUGGCUGCACGAUUUUGUGGACCAAUGGGGCGGCGACACGUCACUGGCUGUGCUGCCAAACUUCUGCUUCGCACUGGCCCAGGCGAGGCUGGGGGAGGCCGAGGGGGAUGGAGAAGGGGGGGAGGGGAGUGGGGAGGCAACCAAUCGCGUGGCGCCAGUUGGAAGGAAUCGUGCUGCCGCCGCCGCUGCUGCUGCUGCUGCUCCUGACGCCGCGUCUCUCCUGCGAGAUGCUCUCUUCCUGCACCCCUUCGUGCUCACCUCCACGACCGCUCCCCUUUCCUCCCCUCCUCCCCUCCUCCCCUUCUUCCCUCCUCCCCUCUUUCCCUCCUCCCCUCUUUCCCUCAUCCCCUCCUUCCCCCUUCCCUUCUUUCCCCCUUCCCUUCUUUCCCCCCUCCCCUCCUCCCCUCCGCCCUUCUUCUCAUCCUCCCAUCCCCCCCUCCUCCCUUCCUCCCUCCUCCCACCAGAUACCUACGUGCUGAAGGGGCUGCUACCUGCUGAAGGGGCUGGUAGAGAAGGCUCCGAUCAAGACCGACGCAUCCUGGACGUCCAUCCUGAAGCACCCGCUGUUCGCGAGGACGACACCUGGCAGCGCGUCAUUGGAGCAUCUGGUGCGGCUGUACGUGGAGCGCAGUGCCGUGCUGUGGCGGGGGGAGGGCAUUCAAACGCUGCUGAAGCGCGUGGCAGGGGAGGUGGUGGCAACGGUGGAGAGGGAGAGGAGGGAGGGCAGAGGGGAUGGGGAGAUGGAGAGCUGGAAGUGCGUCCGGGAGGUGUCGUUUCCGUCAGGAGCGAACGCAUACCGCCACUCUUCUUGUUGGCCUCAUGUCUUACGUCGUGCUCCUUACCCCCUACGUCGCUCUCCCCCCCCCUGCGCCCGUCUCCUUUCCCUUAUGCCGCUCUCUGUUCUUACGCCUCCCUCCGUUCCCCCUCCAUCAAUCGUGCCAAUCUCAGAUACCGCCACCUGUUGCUAUCCGACUUCUCAGACGCCACGCCGACUCUGCCGCCCGAGGAGCUCAUGGCGAUGCAACAAGACGAAGCCGGCCGGCAGCGCCGCCCGGGAGCCCACGGGCUCGGCUUCUUGAUUGGUGCAGGCGCUGGUGCUGCUGGUGGGGGCGGGGGAGGCGGAGGGGGAGGAGGGGGAAUGGGAGGGGGAGGAGGAGGGGGAAUGGGUGCAGGGGGAGGGGCAGGGCAGGGGCAGCAGGUGGAUUUAGCAGGGCGGAACCCUCUUAUGGUGUUUCUAGAGGCGAUGCUGCCGUGGAACGACUUUGGGGGAGCGGGAGGUGCGGCGGGCAUGGGGAUGAAUGGGGAGGAGCAACAGGCUGCUCUGGCUGCUGCUGUUGCUGCUGCUGAUAGUGAUGGUGAUGGAGAGGAGGAUGAGGAUGAUGAUGAUAUUGAAGAGAUUGAAAUGGAGAGGCGAUAG